AUGGCCAAGUUCCCGAAACGAUUGUUUGAGCUUCUGAAGCUAACUGAAGAUAAAGGAUGGGAAGACAUAUUUUCUUGGGUUAACGAUGGUACUGGCUUCAAAGUUCAUGAUAGGGAAAAAUUCGAAAAGGUCUUGCUUCAGAAGCAUUUUAAUACCAAACGAUAUGCAAGCUUUGCACGGCAGCUUCAUGCCUACGGCUUUGAUUGUGUACGAACCGGCAGGAAUACUGGAAUUUACUCUCAUCCACGCUUCAAACGGGAUGACCCAAAGGGUUCUGCUGAGUUGAAGAGAGAAACGGGAAGAAACAUCUCCAAAGCAGCAGUCUCCAGACGCAACCAGGAAUGCCUAGGCAAAAGACUAGGCGAUCGCUUUGGAGGAACCCGCAACUUUGUUCUUGCAGGCGACACCAUUGUGCUAGUCCCUUCGCUUUUGGACACAUCCAAUGAAAGCGAUGACAGCUAUCAACAUUCGUCCUCCGUCAUGUCCAAUCUAUACAAUACCAUUCGCUCUCAAGUUGCUGAUCGAACAAAGAAGGCGCUUAUCAGGAUUCCUUCCGAAGCUACUAUUCCAGGCGCAGAUCUUCCGUUCCAGAGCAGGAAUACAGGGUUCUGGUCUGGCACCACCACUUCUGAGGGUGCUUUAAUGAAUGACUCAUCCGGAAUGCAUGAUGCAAACAAUACGUUCUGGUCUCCUUCUACAAAUCACCAGCGAAAGGUUAGUGAUGCCGAUGCAGCACUAUCGACGAAUAUCACUGGUGGGACUACAACAAUGAAUGGUAGAUCUCUAAUGCAUACUGUAUCUGAAUCUGAGCCGAACGAUGUGUUUGCAAGCCGCAACUUCAUUCAUGAUGAUCAUGAUAAUGAUCUGAAUCCAAUUCCAUUGAAUACGUCGCUCGAAGACCAUAAUUUGUUCCAUGGCGUAGACUGGGAUCCGAUACCAUUGUCACCAGAAGGCAGUGUAUCAGAUGAAGAUGAGUUUGGAUUACCGAACCAAGUCGAUUCCUUUAUGGAACCUCGACCAAUCAAUGAGAUGGUCCAAGACCCAGCCACGAUGAACAAUUGGCUCUACGACUCGGUUCCAAUGCUUGGGACUCCAAGAAAGCGUGCAAUGCUCGAGUUCUCCCUUCCCAUAUCUUUGCCAAUCGGCUUUUACUUUUUGGAUGUUUCCACAUAUGGAAUCUACUGGGUCGCUUUCCUAAUCUUGGGACACUUUGUCGAAUGCCUCUUUACCUCAUGGGGAGGUGCAGAAGAUGAAAAGGAUAAGACGUACACCAAAGAUCUCAGCAUCAAACCCACGAUUGGAAUGCUUCAGCAUCACAUCAUGGACUUGCUGUGGUUCCAUUCACUUCUUUCGAACAUGAUGCUGACACCACGCAAAUUUGGAUCCCCAUGCUUCCUACUGCUGUACCUCUUUAUUUGGCCGCAACCCUUCAAUCUUUGCAUGGCCAUCAAGACGCACUAUUGUGAAAGCAAUCUCGAGGGUACAUAUUCUCACGGGAAAUGGUGGAUUGGUGACAUCGUCAAGAACGUUUUCAUUGGGUACGCUUUGGCGAUAGUUGGUGUCAUUUUUAUGCACUUUUAUGACAUGACCUUCCUGCGAAUUCCGCUGGUGUUUGGCUUCAACAUGAUACCACUUUUCGCAUUCGAAUCCUACCGGUACUUGCUAUCAACACCAGCGAUCCUUUCGUCAGGUGUCUCUGAUGCGAAGAAAAUCAAAUAA